UGCUCGACUCGACGGCCUGCUUGGCCCUGCAAGUGCGUUGACUAGCCAAAGGGAAAAAACCUUCCCGCGCCCAAACAACUUGUCUUCUUCCUCUCUCUCUCUGCCUCGCAUUUCCUUCAGCGCUGCAACACCGCAACACAGGAACCGGACUGACCGUCUCUCUCUUUGUCACUAGCUGCUGCGUCUCUGCUACUCAGCUUGCGCUCCUUACCUGCGUCUGCCGGCUCAAUCGAUCCUAUGUCCUGCCGUUAAAGCCGUCUCCAUGCCAACCCACAGUGACAUCAGCGCCCAUACGCAAGUCUCAGCUACUUCAAACGCGCCCACACGACCAACUUGUCCCCCGGAAAGCGACAGAAUAACCUCCUGGAUAGAGUCCGCAGAAGGCAGAAUCAACCCCGUGGCCGAUAAUGGCUCUUUGACGGCGCAGUCUCCUCCAACUACGGCGGGCGAGCGCCCUGAUUCUGACUCGGCUAUGACAACCGAUGAAGCUUUAUCUCCGCAGCGGCGUGAGCAGGAACAGCAGUCUCAGGGACCCGAGCCUGUGCCUGCAACGGGUGAUGACAGCACUUCUAACGAUGCUGCUGCUACGAUGCACUCCCCAGGAACAGGAAACAACGGUGCUGCAGGCUCGGGCAUAGUCGAGUCUCUGGCCACUGCCGAGGAGGUGCGUUCUCCUGUAUCGGACUCGACUGCCAUAACCGACGACUACGAUGAAACGGACGAGCCGAUGACCCCUACGACGAGCGUCUCUGCUGCCACUGAGAUCAAGGAUGAGCAGCGGGAGCCUGCUGCUGCUGCUGCUGCUGCUACUCCAGCCAUCCCCGACAUUCAGGCCACUCACCGGACUUCCAUGAGCUUUGAGUACUCUCAUGCCAGAGUAAGUCACGUCUCCCUCGAGUUUACAAAUACUUCGGACGGCCUGUGGGAGUACACUAAUGUACUGACACACGACUACUUGGCCAGCUCGUGCCAGACCACUCCUCCUCGUACUUCAGAGGGGGCAGCAGGUUUACCGGCACUCAACAGUCUGAGCAGCAGAUUUACACCGUCGACGUGGAGAUCAAGAACGUUGACAUGUCCGAGUCCUAUCUCUGCGGAUACCUCAAAAUUAAAGGCCUGACACCGGACCAUCCUACUCUAACAACUUUCUUCGAAGGCGAGAUAAUUGGCACCAAACAUACGUUCCAAACUCGUCAUGAGGACUGGGGCGCCACUGAAAAGACAGAUAUGCACCACUGGUCCCGAUUCCCAGCCUGGCGUCCCCUUUCUCGACUGGCCAAGCAGUCGAACUUCACCUUCAAGGACUAUGCUCAGCGGGAGAACAUCUUCAUGCGGUGGAAGGAAGCCUUCCUUGUGCCCGACCACCGUGUCAAGACCAUUUCCGGCGCCAGCUUUGAAGGGUUCUACUACAUCUGCUUCAACCAGGUUCAGGGUACCAUUAGUGGCAUCUACUUCCAUGCGAAGAGCGAAAAACACCAACAGCUUGAGCUCAAGCCUGUGGAGAACUACGGAUGCUGUGCUGCCAUCGAAUUCCGAUGAACCAACUUCAAUUCCUCAACGAACCCAAUUGAUCUCCCACCGUUUCGAUUUAGGCCGUCUCUUGUUGCCCAAAUGGCCUUGAUGAGCCCGUCGAUCACGUCCAAGCUUAUAUAAAUCCGCAUGGCCAUACUCUGUUCUUCCGUCAAAAACAUUAAUAUGGCAAACUGGCCCAGCCAAGGGAUGAUCUUCACUUUUUGUG